AUGGUCCAGAUUCUCGCGCUCGUUUUCCUCUCGGCGGCCAUGGCCGCGCCAGCACCCGAGUGCGCUUCGACGUGCGUCGCCAACUUUCUGCCGGGCUGCACCGGCUGCGGCGUCAACGGCUUUGCCACGGGCGGUGGUGCCAUUGGCGGGGGCAACGCCAACGGCGGCAACAUUGGCGGGGGCAACACCAACGGUGGCGUUCCGACGCCGAUGCCGUCGGUGCCAACGCCGAUGGCCUCGACGCCGCUUCCGUCGCCCGCGUCUUCGGUGCCCGCUGGCAACGGCAUGAACAACCAACAAGGCGGUGUGAGCCAGAACGGCAAUGCGCCUGGUAGCACGAUGAACCAGCCGAUGCUCAACGGCAACAACGUGCCGUCGCCGACGCCAGCCAUGUCGAUGCCGACGUCCGAUGGCUCGGCGCAACCCGCCAACGGUCUCGGCAACAACCUUCUCGGCGGCAACGGUAUGAACGGCGCUGGCGGCAACGGGAUGAACGGUGGCGGGAUGAUGGGCGGCAACGGUGCUGCCGGCAACGGCAUGAUGGGCGGCCUCGGUAACGCCAUGAGCUCGAUGGGCAACAACGCGCAGCUCGGCAAUGGCGGGCAGACUGGCACGGGCGGUCUUGGGCAGAUGGGCGGUAUGGGCGGUACCGAGUCGCAGAUGGCCGUGCAGACGGCCGCACCGCCGACCGCAACGCCGAACGCGACGACCGCAGUCAUGACAGUGCCGGCGCCGACCACAGAGCUGCUUCCAACGACGGAGGCGCCAGUGGCCGCCGUGUCCCGCAAGAGCGCGGGUGCGUCGCUUGCCGCGUCCAUGAUCUUGGCUGUCGGUGCUGCGGCGAUCGCGCUGUUUUAA